AUGGCUCUAUAUGUUUCCAAAGUUGCAGACAAGUCAGUUAUUCCUGAGCUGAGGACUGGAGAUAGAAUCAUCAAGGUAGAUGGUGUUUCUAUUGACCAGCUGCCUCCUGGCUGUAUACAAAACAAUGUUCUCGUUUCUCCUAUUGGCAAGUCUUCCGAUUACUUUGCUGUGACAGUUCAGCGUGUGACGUUUCCUGGUUGUGAUGAGGUCCUAGCUCUAUUGCAACAGCCAUUACAGAUGUGUUACUGCUUUCCCAGCAAUGAAACAAGCGGUUUUUGUGAUAUGCAGUCAUCUUCACUAAGCAGUUCGUGCAGCAGCCGGCAAUUGAGAUAUCAGUCGACAAGCACUUCAAUGUCAAGUCAUGGCAGUGGUCAAAGUGGAGGAGGGCACAAGGCACACAGUCAGGACAACGACAAACUUUGCCAGAAAUCUGAUUAUAGCCAACCAAUUCAGUCAUAUCAAUAUCGUCAUUUGAAGCACCUGCCAGCAUCAUCUGAUUCUCACUUUCUCUCUACAUCACUACCUAUUGUGUCUUUUCCACAAUCAUCUUGUCAUGAAUCGCAGAGCCUCCCCAAAUCUUUAGAAACACAGAUGCCAUUGGUUACUCAACCACCAUUAAAUGGGAAAUCAUCCAGUCAUGUCGACUUGGAAGAAUAUUCAUCAGAUGACACAACAAUGCUAGUGUUUCCCAUUCUUCAGAAAUAUAAUGCAGCAAGCCAAGGGGGUGAGAAACUUCAAUCAUGUGUAUCCGGAGAAACACCGAUGAAGAACAACAAGAAACGUUCUGGUGAAAAGUUUAUCAAGAAUGCAACCUCAUUGGAUUUUGAACAGUCCUUUGAGGCAAUUACAGACGAUGAAGUGAAUACAGCAUCAGUGCUUGUUGCAUCUACAUUAGACACAGCUGUUGGUACAUUUCAGGUUGUAUCUACCAUUGAAUCCUCAUCUGACGAGAACACCAUGGAUGUACACAGUGAGGUCAGCCGACCACCAAUGAUGUCACAAAUAAAUGCUGUUCAGAGAUGCUCUUUGCCUCGAAAUCUCCAUCCUGGUCUUCCAGGCCUAUUUGGUCACGAAAAAAAAUUAAACGAAGUAAAAAAAUUUGUUGUGUUGCCAGGAGAACCAGAAGACGACCAGAGCAGUUGCACGGGUGGCAAGUUGACAAAAGUGGACAUUUUGAGUGAUGGAGGUGGGGACGUUGGAAUUAGCCUUGUUGGUGGUCGAGGGAACGGAUUAUUUAUUCAGUCAAUUGCUGAUGGUAGUCCAGUAGCAACUUCUUGUCUUCUUCAUGAUCAAGACGAGGUUCUUGAGAUAAAUGGGCAGGAUAUCACCAUGGCAACAUACGAGGAAGGGACAUUGGCUAUUAAAUCAUGUCCAGCAACUGUUUCUAUCACCGUGCGAGCAAAUCAAACCAAAUUCAGAAAGAUGCUUUCAUCGAAUUUGCGUGAUACAUUUUUUAUCAGGACGCUGUUUAGCAACAUCGAGUAUUCUGUGAAGAACAGCUUGAGUUUUAGCUGUGGUGAUGUACUCUGCGUCGUUGACACAGUUUACGAGGAUCAAGUCGGUAGUUGGUAUGCAUACAAACUGUCACCAGGAGGGAAUGUUUUCGAUCAAGGAGUCAUACCGAGUCAACAACGGGCGUGUCAGCUAAUCUCUCAUCUCGGGAAUGAAGGCGAAAGCUGUUUGGAUCGUCCGAUGGUCCGCAGACGCAGCAAACAAGUCAUUCUCGGUCGAGCAAAAUCGAUAGACGUAAAUCAGUUGGGAGGGAGGCUCAAGCUGAAAGAGUGUGCAGUGAAAGGCUCCGCAAUCUACGAUAGAAACAUUAUUGGCUAUCAACUAGCUAUGACCAAAAGCACACUGUUUCGUAAUGGAUCUGGGACUUACUGCUGUGUUGAGCGGUCUUCGUUCAAAUUUCUUCGACCAGUCGUGUUGCUUGGUUCUGUUGCUAUGCAAGUAACUGAGAGUCUGUGCAAGUCUUCGGUGGAGACUUUGUCGGCAUAUUGCAGACCAGACGAAAUGGCAGGAAGAUUGAAAUCAGUCGCUGAUAACGAUAGCGACCAACAGGGAAUCAUCUGUGGCAGUGUGCUAGUGAGUAUUGAGCUAAUCAAGGAGGCAUCUCGAAAGGGAUAUCACUGUGUGAUGAAUGAUGUUCAUGUAGACGGGAUUCGUGAGUUGUUAUCAGUGGGUUUACAUCCCAUUGUCAUUUACUUUGAUCAGAAAAAUCAUAGAAAGGCGAGCAGAUUGCCCAGUGAGGCAGGAAAUGAUAAGAACAAACUGAUUUCAUUGGGACUCUUGAGUGCAACUCUCAAAAGCGGAUGCAAACUGCAGAAAACAGUCGAUCGAACGAUGACCCUAGUAUCCAUUCUCCAGACGUCUCUCUACUGGCUGCCGUCUCAGUAUCAGUUUUUAGCUAAAAUGUAGUGAUAACAUGAGGUUAGACUUGUCGCUGUUUGUAGAGUAGGUAACCCGUAUUGUAUGACUCUGUGAUAUCGUUAUGGAUAUCACAGAGGUUUUAGUGCUGUGAAAGUGUAACGAACAGUAUGCUAUAAUAGUCUGUUGUAAUUGAGCGGCACGUGGUAUCCACACUCUUGUAGAAGUAGAUCUAGUUGUAAUAGUUGAAUGAGCUCUUGUAUGUCUUACGUCACA